CGUGGUCAGGGUCCCCAAAUGUACCAUAAUAUUCACCCCAUUUUCAGAAAUUUUCGACACCCCACAGUAUUUUUCGCGCUUGGAAAAUGAUAAAUUAGUCAGUGACGCGAUGAACUGCGAGUGAAAUAAUUAAAAUUUGAAAUUUUGAAACUUUUCAGCGAAUGCUGUCCCUAGGACUAUAGGACUUCCGGUCAAAUUAAAAAUGGCGAUGCAUUGUGAUCGUCCAGCAUCAAUGAGUUCCAUCCGAGCCCGCAAAGUCCUGUUAUGGAUCUACCUCUGUAUCUGCCUGCGAUUCUCUGAUUGCUACAAAGAGUCCGAUGAGCACAUUGAGGAAGACACCUCGAAACUCAUACGCAUCGACGGUGAUGUCAUCUUCGGUGGAAUAUUCCCAAUGCAUGAACAGGUCGCUGGCAUGAGUGGCGAAUCUCCUUGUGGGGCUGUGAAAGAGGAGAAGGGAGUGCAACGUCUAGAGGCCAUGCUCUUUGCCCUGGACGAGUUGAACAAAAACGUGGAAUUAUUGCCGAAUACAACAAUUGGCGCAUUGAUCCUCGACUCAUGCAGCAGUGACACAUAUGCCCUCGAUCAGAGUAUGGAGUUCGUGAGGUCCUAUAUGAAUCAGGAUAUGUCGGAGUACAGAUGUGAAGACGGUAGACCACCCCAGUACACACCCCACAAAUCUGUGACAGGAGUCAUUGGAGCAUCUUUCAGCGUAGUAUCCAUAAUGGUGGCCAACAUUCUCAGACUCUUCAAAAUACCUCAACUAAGCUAUGCUUCUACAAGCACCGAGCUCUCGGAGAAGAGCCGCUUCGAGUAUUUCAGUCGGGUCGUGCCGCCGGAUAAUUUCCAGGCCCAGGCAAUGGUUGAAGUGGUACAUCAACUCGGUUGGAAAUACGUGUCUACGGUGGCAGUUGAGGGUGAUUAUGGCGAGAAAGGUAUCGGAAGUUUCAUCAGCCUCGCUGGAGAAUAUGGCAUAUGCAUAGCCGUGAGUGAAAAGAUCUUGAGAAAUUCUCGCAACGAGGACUUUGAUCGUAUAAUUGAACGACUCAACUCAAAGCGCAAUGCAAGGGGCGUUGUACUUUUUGUUGAUGAAGAUAAUGUGAGAAAGCUGUUGCAAGCUACGAUCAGGGCCAACGUAACUGGCCACUUUAUGUGGGUUGGCAGUGAUUCGUGGGGUGCUAAAGUCCAUCCCGUGAGAGACCAAGAGUUUGCUGCUGAAGGUGCAAUAACAAUCCUGCCCUUCCGAAAUCGUCUCGAUGAUUUCGACGUUUAUUACAAAAAUCUGAGACCGCGAGUGGGGGAUGAGUGCGGUGGCCAGACCGAGAGGAAUGUACCGCAUCCAAAAUUACCCGAGAAAAUGGUAAACUGUCGAAAUGUUUGGUUUCGGGAAUUCUGGUCUCAGCAUCACAAGUGUGUGUUUGGAGCAUCAACGGGACAAACCGAAGUGAAGGGAUGCACUGGGGAUGAAGUCCUCAUCGAGUAUGAUCAGGAGGGGCUUGUGCCAUUUGUAGUGGACGCAGUCUAUGCAAUGGCGUAUGCUGUUCACAAUUACAUUGAUGACGAGUGUGUCAAACUCCAAGGGACAGUGCACCACCUGUGCGAUGCACUGGCACCAGCACCACCUGGUCAACAUCUUCUCCAGUAUAUACGCAAUGUAACAUUCGUCGGUCGUCAAGAGACGGAAAUAAGAUUCAACGCUGAUGGCGAUGCCUAUGGGUACUACAACAUUUAUCAGUAUCAGAGGAAUGAGGAGGGACGAUUCGAUUAUACGCGCAUUGGAUCGUGGAAAGAGGUACUUACCCUGGAUAUCAACAUGACAAGGUGGACCGGAGGUACUGGUGAAGCUAAUUUACCCAGAAGUACCUGCAGCGACAAUUGUCCACUGGGUCACGUUCGUAAUUUCCAGGACGCGUGUUGCUGGAGUUGCAUGAGCUGCUCCGAGACUUCCUACGUUUACAACGACACCUGUCGCACUUGUGCACCAGGUUCAGCACCUGAUAUCUGGAAAUCUAAAUGCAUUAAAGUACCCGCUGAAGUUAUCCACUGGCGCAGUCCAUGGGCAAUAGUGCCACUUGCAUUCGCUAUCAGUGGAAUACUUGGUACUCUAUUCACUUUCUUCAUUUUUUUGCGGUUUAACGAUACCCCCGUGAUAAAAGCCUCCGGCCGCGAGCUCUGCUAUGUUUUACUCUCCGGAGUUCUCUCCUGCUACCUAAUGACUUUUAUAAUGCUGAGUGAGCCAACAAUCUGGAUCUGCACGUCCUUGCGCAUCGGUUUGGGUUUAUGCCUGAGCAUCUGCUACAGUGCCCUACUAACAAAAACCAUUCGCAUAUCACGGAUAAUAAAUGUGGACAAGAUAUCAGUGAAAAGGCCGUCAUAUACCUCGCCGAGGAGUCAAGUGGCUAUCGCUAUUGGAAUAACUUCGGUCCAGUUGUUCGGUGCAAUAGCUUGGCUGGUAAUAGAACCACCGGACAUCAAAGAGAUUCAUCCAAGUCCAUUGACAGCAGUGCUCACUUGUCGUGUAUCAACAUUUUCGUUGAUGAUGUCACUGGUAUACAAUAUGUUACUCAUACUCAUGUGCACAUUGUAUGCAUUUAAAACACGAAAAAUACCAGCAAAUUUCAAUGAAGCUAAAUACAUUGGUUUCACCAUGUACUCGACGUGCAUCGUAUGGCUGGCAUUCGUACCAAUUUACUUCAGUACUUACAACAAUUAUACGAUUCAAAUAGCGAGUAUGUGUAUGUGUCUGAGCAUCUCAGCUACAGUUGUCCUGGGAUGUCUAUUCAUCCCGAAAGUAUAUCUCGUAAUUUUUCAACCGGAAAAAAACAUCAGACCAGGCCAUCCGAACAUGGCACCGGGCGUCACCGGUGGUGGUUAUGUGGGUCCAGGACAUCACAGUCGUCAGAACUACAGUAUGCGCUUCACAGGCCCUAGGAGUCAGACAAUGCAAAGUGUAACGUCAUACUCCAGGAGUAGUCCAACGAGGCAGAGCCAGCCCGACGUAAAGGCUAUCAACGGAGAGUCCCAGUUACCAGCAAGCCCAUCCUGCGAAGAGACCUCGUUCAGCUAGGUCGCAAUACCCCUCCCCUCGAGGGCAAAGGAUCAAGAGAAUCAAGCACCCCGAGGGGAGGAUUUGUUAGACAAUACUCAAUUAACUGGUCCCACUGACGAAAAUGACAUUCACUUCACAGUUCCACUGUUACAUGAACUACCAAAGAGUCAUGAUCUCCAUGAUGUGAGCAAGACGAAUGAGCCUGUCUCACUUGAUCCUCUGGAUUUGUCGCUCACAGGAUCCGUCCAGUCAUCUGAGAUUGAGGCGAUCACUUGUGGUGAUGUACCUACUAUAUCAGCGAGAAUCGAUGAGACUAAUGAAAAUGGAAAUUCACCAUCGGCGCACAGCGGAAGACUCGUCAUGUCCAGUCCUUCGCCAACAUUCUCAGAGUUCUCAUCUUAAUUUGGGCGGUUAAUAAUCAAUGAUUUGUUUUGAUUGUAGGCGUUGAAUGUAACUAUUGUAAUGUCUUCCAUAGGGCUUCGAGGUUUUAAAUUUCCUCGGUUUUUUCUUCAUUCUUGCAAUGUUGACUCGUUUAGGUAGGAAAAUCGGGAAGUGGUGGGUUUGAGAGAGUUUCGAUGUCACUCCAUUAUGUGUCACCCUGAAAUUUAAGACCAACUAAGCCAAGCGAGUCAUAUCUUCAAUGUAAACACUGUACGAGGGAUGAGAUCUUGUUUAUUCCCACGGUUGAGUGUUGAUAGCUAUCGAGAGAGAUCUACUCCUUGUGUCCAUUUCCAAGUGCUAUCGUUUCAUUCUGAUGUUAUUCCAGCCGACCUUCGAUCCAAAUCCACGAAAGGUCAGAGCUUUUUGGGUAAAUUUGUGCUUAACACUAAUGCAGUUGUUUCUUUUUCUCAACGAACCUCGGGGAAAACUAUUGCAAUAUGAACUUCAGAUAGUUAAUUGACUGGAUAAGGGUGAAAUGACUUGAAAAGUUUGUGCUUUUGGGAGGAUCGUGAUGAUUCUGGUUAAUCAACAUCCGAGGAUUGUAUGGAGAGGAGGAAAAAUUGAGGAAAUGAAACGUGUGGACAAAUUGCAGUUGAAGCAUAUGUUGUGUUAUGAAAUAAUUGUGUAUAUACGUUGACUAUUUAUUUUUACCAUGAAAAAAGUUAAAGGGUGAAAGACAUUCAACACCGGUAUUUGGUUUCCGUUGUGCGUGUAGUAAAUCGCAAUUGCGGGGACGUAUUAUAAUAGUGUUAAACUGAACGAACACCAACCGGGACUGGGCUCGUUUGCCUCGCAAACGCGUAUCACGGGGACCAACUAAGUAUCCGGUGGCCUCGUUUCCCACGAGCCCUCUUUAAUACCGUGCAAUGCCCGCAGACUGCAAUUUUCUACAUAAAUUUUUAUCGUUGUAGGCAAUUAGUGAAUGAUACUCGAUAUACAAUAAAUAAAACGAAGGAAAUUGUUAAUUAUUUUUUCAAUUCAAUUACGAAAAAUGUAUCACUUGUUUCUGUUGUUUCAUUUUUUUGUUGAUGACUUAUCGACUUGCACUGAGAUUUCAAUUGUAAUACUUUUUAAUACUGGUGACCUUUUGUUAGCGGUGGAAAUGAUAUUUUUUUUACAUGGACAAUCAUAUGCGCUUCGGGAUUGGAUGGUAAUUGAUUUUUAAUGAUUGACGAUAUUGAUUUUUGUUUAACUGCUGUUGAAAUCUCGUGCAGUUUUGCGGCACGAAAUGAAUUGCUAGGUAAUAAAACAAAAAAUCUAUCGAUUUAAUAUCGUGGUGAAGUGUUUAAUGUAUAUUAGACGACAGUCAAUUCCAAUUUUCGCGCUGGAUAAAUUACACGGAGAAAAAAGUGAAUGAAAAAUUGCCAAAUAACUCAUAUAAUUGUGGCGCGGGAUCAAUUACUCAAUCUCUUGGACUCCCAUUCGAGCGGAAAAAUGUGAAAAUAAUCGAAAUUUUUUUUAGUCAGUGCCAAAACUUCAAUGGUUAUAAUUUGUACUUUAAAAAAUAUCCCAUGUACGUUAAUAAUUGCUCAAUACUGCGUAAUUUGCAACUAUGUGAAGGAUUUUUUCAGUGAUGAAUAACAUUUUUUUACUGCGAUAUCGUAAAAUUUCACUUCCAAUAGAACAGUAAUUUUUACCAUCAUUCCAUUUUUUUUUCUUCACAAAAAGCAUUUCUUGGGCAUUACAAGUCCAUGAAUUAAUUAAUAGUUUUUGAACAUCAUUGACGACGUUCAUGCAUUCAUUUACUCAUUAAAAACGUAACAAAUAUUCGCCCUUACUGUGUUCAAAGUUGCAAAUAAAAUUUCAAUCGUCUAGUCAUUAGUGUCAUUUACUUAAUUUUCGAUUACCUUCGGUAAAGUAAAAUUUGCCGCAAUAUUCUAUAUAACGUUUAUCUAACUUUUCUCUCCGCGUAUCGGCGUGAAAACUUAAUCAGUGAAUUCAUGUGGCGGGAUUGGAUUUAUCCCCAAAGGAAUUAAACUGAUCCUUCAGUAUUUAAUCUGUGUAUAAAUAUUCAGUGUUUGAUAUGAAAAGAUUGCUCAUGACUCAUCUUUAUCAAACAAGUAUUAAUAUCUAAGAUAAAUUCGGUGUGAUUUAUGGAGAUUAUGGGAUGUGCGAUACUUGAGAAAACAAAGCUUUAGAGGAAGUAUCGUAGACUAUCAUGUUUACCUGAGGUACAAUGGAAACUGUAAAUAGAUAACAAAUAAGUUGAGUGUUAAUGUGUCUUAUGAAUUUAAUCAUCUAAAGAAAGCAUUAGCAAAUGCCAUCUUAGCCGCGCCAUUUCAACACUUCAACCAUUUAAUAAUGUAAAUAUGUUUAUACGUGUGCGUGCACUAGUGAUCAUUUGUCUGCAAUGUCACAAUGCAAUAUCUUUGUGAAGGAAAAAAACGCUUGUUAUUGAUUUUAUAAUUUUGUUAUGAAAAAUUAUGGUAAAAACUAUAAAAAAUAAUUAUUAAUAUCAAAAGGAUAAAUAAAGGAUAUGGUCGAAUGUCUAUUAUUACUUAAGUAUUAUGAUAGAACGCUUGCCAAAAAAGAAAAUUCAGUAAGAUGGCGAAACUAUAAUUUGUUCCAUAGAUUAUAUCAAUAAUCGAAUUGAUACUUGUUAAACAAUUGGAAAAAUACUGUUCAUGUAAAUAUUGUACACGCCGGAUAAGUGUUUACGAGUAGAUUGUUGGAAGUCUAUAUGAAUGUUAUACGUCAAAAAAUUAUAGAACAUGCAGGUCAUUGAUAUUUAUUAUUAAUUGAACGGAAAAAUCAAAUAUAUCGAUCAAAAUAAUUCCAUGAAUAUUUGACUGUUAAUCGCGAUCAAGAUAUCGUGAUUAUUCAUGUUCAUAGAUUUUAAAUGGGCAAUUGGUAGGUAAAACUGCUCACUUCCCGCUUAUAUAUUUAUUAUUUUAAGGCCAUCGCAUAUUGUAAUUAUUCUUUGGAUAGGUGUACGAAUGGAUUAUUGAAAACACUGAUAUCGCUCGAUGAAAAUGCACGGAUAAAUUGUUCGAACGUAAUGUGUUUCUAAAGAUUUAUUUCAUUCGAUUUUGUGGAACAAUCAACUUUAAAAUAUCUGUACUAUUUUUUGUAGUAAGCUACAGUCUCAAUGGUCGUAAUUCAAUGAAAUUGAACAUUUCUUCCAAUAAAAUCUCCAAAAAAAAAAUACAAAUACGCAAAGUAUUAGAAAAAAUAGUUCGAUCGAACAAUUUGGGGAUAAUUUAAUGCGCGGUUUCACAUAUUGCUCACGACUGCGUUGUUUACCAGAAGUUUGUGAAGAAAUGUAAAAAACACCUAUGAGAACAGAAUGUGAUUUAAAGAAAUUAUUUUAUAAAUUUCAUGAGCAUGUAACAAUCACCUUCGAAAUACAUGUAUGAUUCUUUGAUAAUAAACUAGUCAAAUCACUGGCAAUCUCAA